CUGGUGUCAUUUAAUGCAGAUCCUUAUUCAUUAGUAAAGGAAAAGAGCUAACAGGGUGAAGAUGGACAUCCUUGAGACUGAUGCCUAUUACAAGCGCCGAAGGAGGAACAUGUCUUGUGCCCUUCUUCUCUCCCUUUUGCCCUUCUUUUUGUCCUCGGCUUUAUACUUCUACCUUUGGACUCCUGAUUUGGUCCCAUCAGGAGUCUCCGCAGGUGUCAAAGCGGCCCCGACUCUGCUGCUGGCCGUGGUGGUCCUCAGCUGGAACGGAGGGCAGAGCGCGCUGGGUGUGGCAGGGGGGCUGAUCUUCUCUGCUGUGGGGGACAUCUGUUUGGUGUGGCCUGAGCUUUUCAUCCAUGGAAUGGGUGCCUUCGCUGUGGCUCACCUGCUCUACUCCGUCACCUUCCUAUCCAGCCGUUAUGCGACAUAUUCCUCCACCUCCUCGUCCCUGAACCGCUUUCUGUAUCUGGUCCUCGUAAUCGUGGGAGGAGCUUUCUACAUCUACCUUUUUCCGUUCCUGCAGAAGGCACCGAACUCUGACCUACUGACUCCUGGCGUAGGGAUCUACUUCAUCCUAAUCACGGCGAUGGCUGCGUUAGCCAUCCGGACGCGCCACAUAGCUACGUUAUUGGGGAGUUUGAGCUUCAUGGUGUCCGAUGCUUCCCUGGCUCUGCAGGUCUUCAAAGUUUUGCCACCAAUAGAGCAUGGUCAGAUUGUUGUCAUGGUGACUUAUUAUUUGGCGCAGCUGCUGAUUGCUGUGGGUGACAUAAAAGCAGCGGAGGACAAGGAUGACUUUUCAAAGUGGAAGCGGUCCUAAACCGGAUCUUUGAGGUGCUCCUAACAUCAGAAGAGCAUCUCCUCUUUACCAAAGCAAUAAAAAUAAGGUGCAGUUUGUUAAAUCAACUUAAUGUAAAAUAAGCUUGGGACAAGACAAGACCACGAGACAUUUAGAUUUCAGUGCUGAUAUUCACAUUUCUAUUUAAAGCGGCCGAGGAGGAAAGAGUGGAGCAUUUCUGGUGGUUUGCUGAAGUAUUCAAACUCCUUAAAAUUUUUUGUAUUCUGUUCAAAUUAAAAUCACAAACUUCAAUGUGUUUUAUUUGAAUUCAGUGGAAAUGUUUGCCCAUUUUUCACUGCAAAAUAAUUAAAAUCUUACCUGGAUUUACUUCUA